CUAUUUCUUUUUAUCACAAAAUUAUUUACUUUAUAAAAACCUUUUUAAUGUAUUUUAUAUAUGGAUUAAUAUAUAGAAAUAAUUUUUUUAAAAAAAAUUGGGAGCCCCUUUGUAUUUUGGGACCAUUCAAAUGUUUCAAAACAAUGGGCUCAAGCUCAUCCUUGCUUAUGACCAAGCUUUCUUUUAUAGUAUUUGGUUAUUAGUUUACCAAAUUAGGAAUCAAACGAAAACUUUUCCAGCAAAGUUCUACGGUGGUGAUUUAACAUUUUACCAAAAACAAAAUUCUACAGUGCUAGUUUGAACAAUUUUAUAUUGAGACUUAUAAAUUGUACUUUACAGAUUCUUCCAUACGUACAUUCGCAAUUUGGUAACUGAAAUGAAGUAAAAAAAAGACUUGAUUAAAUAUAUACGAAAAGCAGAGACUAUCUAUAUAAUACUUUUACGUAUAGUUUUAUCUUCAAUCAUUCUCUCUCCCUCUCUAAAAACCCUUUGGAGUCUUGAUUCCUUCUUCCUCAAUUCAUCGAUCAUCCUCCUCCGGCGAUCUCCGACGGGUCUCGUGGGUUAAAGUCUUUUUACUCAAUGGAGGGAAGUUCUAACGAACAGGGCGGAGACUCUCUUACAAACGAUUGGAGAACAUAUCAUGAGCCUGGUCUACGGGAAAGAGUUAUUUACGAAAUAGUGAAAAAGUUGAAGAAAUGUUGUCAUCAACCUAGCAAUGAAAAUGAUAUUAAGAAGGCAGCUAUCAAAUAUGAGGCUAAGAUCUAUGGUAUGGCCAAAGAUAAGGAUGCUUACUUGGGGAAAAUCUGCAGAAAAGUUUUUUCUUCCCAUAGUCCUUUCAGAGCUCAAGAACAAUCACUUCCCACCUCGUUGCCAUAUACACAAACUCCAACAAGCCAGAGCAAUCUCAACGUUCCUGAAUCAUCUGGUUUGCCCACUCAGGUUCCUCUAACCGUUUCUGCGGCUCAGAAUCUAAAGAUUCAAAUGAGUGAAGAAGGAGUUCAUUCAAAUAAACUACCAGGCCACCCUCAAAGAGAGAUUCAACAACUAGAAAGCGAGAACCUCAUUAGUCAACUGAUGAAUGGUCAAGACACGCAGAAGAAUCAUCCACAAAACAAAGGGGAGGAGCAAGAACAAACAACUCCUAGGGUAUCGACCUCCCAGCAGAACAAUAUGGCUAGCUUUAAUGUGCAUGGACCAAGUUUGUUGGGUACUCAAAGCCAAGAGGUGGAGCAGUCUCAACCAUUGAUGCUACAACACUUGUAUGAUGUUGAUGACUGGCGGGAAGAGACCUAUCAGAAGAUAAAGGUCCUCAAGGAGAAGUAUGGAGUUGUUCUGAGUACAUUUUUCAAAUCAAUAUCUGAUAAAUUGCGGGAGAUUGAUUCUCUUCGUCAGCAGAACAUGCCGGUUGAAUGGCUAACGGCGAGCAAAGCGACGUUGGAACAAGUUCUUGCGUUCUUAAAUGUCUGUAAGAGCAGUGUAUCAGAGUUUCAUAGAGAUAAGUUUAGUCUCCAUGAGGAAAAGGUAUUGAGGUUCAUUGAGUAUCAUCAUCUGAACGUGACUCGGAGGGCAAUGAAGCAGCAACAAGUGUAUCUCCCUCCUUCUCAUACCCAUCAAACAAGGCCUAGGAUGGAACCAGAAGAUGAGAACAGCCCUAUGUCCACAGCAGCUCAGGAGCAUCUUCCACCAGAGCCAAUCACAGAGCGGCCUAUUGAUCGUCUGAUAAAAGCUAUUCAAUCAGCAUCACCUGAAUCCUUGGCACAGUCAGUAAGUGAGAUGAGGUCGGUCAUCAGUUUGAGUGAGAUGAUUGCUGGUUUGGUCAACACCAUUGGAGGAUCUAGAGCUCGUUUAGUGGAGGAUUUGAGUGAGAGGACAAGGUUCCGUGCGCAACAAGGAGAUACAAAUCACACCAAGAGAUUCAAGCGCUCAGUUACUGCUAUAUCUUCCUCCAAAGUUAACAAGAUUGAGCCUAGUUAUGCUCUCUUGCAAGAAAUCAUGGAAAUAAAUGGGAGACUUGUGGAGACAGUAGUGAGUAUAUGCAAUGAAGAUGUUUGUCCUAGUGAAGUUACUUCAGGAACAGUCGUCGUCACGUGUGAUUAUGUCCCUGUGGCUGUCAGUGCCACAUUCAAAGCUCUUUACAAUUCAGGUUAUAUCUCACAGAUUCAGCCGUUACGCUUACUAGUUCCAGAGAAUUAUCCAUCUUCCCCAAUACUUCUAGAGAAAGUCAUCUUUGAUACCGCCAGUGAUCACAAGUUUGAGGAUUUAUCCGCGAGAGCUAGAUCGAGGUUUAGUUUGUCUAUGAAGGAAGCAAUGUCACUUAAAGAAAUAGCUAAAGUUUGGGAUGAGUGUGCGAGAGCUACAAUGCUCGAGUACGCUGAACGGCAUGGUGGAGGCACUUUCAGCUCCAAGUACGGUCGUUGGGAGUCUGUGCUAGCUUAGAGCUUCAUGAGUCCUACAUACUUCUUGUAUCACUUACCGCCCUCUCCGGAUGAUGUCAAGGAUCUUGUAAAGAGGUGGAAAAUGUAAAGCCUAGGUUUUACUUAAUUGCCUUGCGUUAGAAGUAACGUCAGAUCAAAAUCUUGUUUUGGACCACCACUGUAUAAUAUGUAAGAUGCAAUCAUAUGAGAAAUUAAAACUGUACAAGUGUUUAACGCUUCUUACUCAGCAGUGUAGGACGGCCACUCUCCCAAGUUUGAGUAACAUAUAAAUUAGAUCCAAAAAAACUUCGUUAAAAAAUUGUGAAAAAAAAUCUAUACCAUGUUCCACAAGAAACUACAUCAUCAAAAGUCAUAUUCUUUAACUCCAAACAGAGUUUAGAGAUGGCAAAGCAUAAAACCCAACCGCAUGUGGUCCAAGUAUAUUAUUUUUCACAGGAGACUUUCCGGACAUGAAAACGUAUAAACUUGAAUAGAAUCUAAUUAAGUAUUAAUUGCAACUAACAUCAACUAUCUAACAAGAAACAAUCAUAAUCAUCAUCCAUGAACCAAUUAAAAAACAACCUACGCAUUAGCCAUAAUGGAAGAAGAACAAAGCAUAAAUGAUGUGGUGAGUAGAUUGAUUGAAACAUCGAACAAAAUUAAUCAUAUAGUUAAUAUGGUUCUACUAUGUAUUUUAUACUAUAUAUCUAUUGCAAUAUGAUAAUACUAAUACAGUAACAACUGUAUAAAUUAAUAAUGUCGGUACUUUGAUAUUUUAUUAAUUUAUAUAAAGUUAUUAAUUUAUAAAAAAUUUAUAUUUAUAUUUUUUAAUUUUUAAUUGGAGAAAUUACAUGUUU